UAAAGGUUCAUUGUUGCUUCAAGCCGCUGCGAAAUUACAAAGCAUUUAUAAAGCUUGCAACGACCUGAAAUCCUUACUGAUCUAUUCAAGUCUUUCCUGUCAUACUAAUUUCAAACUUGAAAAGUAUGGAAGCAAAAUUCGCAAAGAUCAGGACUCAGAUCAACUCCAAGUUGGAGAAUCAGAAGCAGUAUGCUGGAACUCUCCAGGCAAUUGAAGAGGCAUUGGUGGAACAAAACGCACCUUUGACCCCAACUGGAUAUUUUGCAGCAAUGAUGGCUGCUCUCCAAUCUACCCAUGGAUCCCCACAAACUAGAGGAUGCUUGUUGUACCUGCUUGAUGAAGUCUUUCCAGAACUUCCAGCAUCUGUACUUAGACAGAAAUGUGCUGAUGUUUUGCCCAUUUUGUUGGCCGCAUUGGAGGAGGAUAGCGAAGAUCAACCUGUUGCCCGAUCCACCAUUGGUUGUAUUGAGCCAUUGUUGAUUGCACAAGAUGCUGCUUUUUGGAACCAGUCACAAGCAAAAAAGAUGUAUCAGGCACUUUUGGUGAUGAGCGUUGAUGCUAAGCCAAAGUCUCGAAAGCGUGCUCAAGAUGCCGUAAAACACAUCUUGUCUAGACCACCUCCCCCUUCUGUUCAACAUCCCGCCUCUAACAUGACCGCAGAAUUCACCUUGCGUGUCCUUAAAGAAGCCACUAAGAACGAUCAAGCCGCAGCACAGAAACUGUUGGCUCUGCUUAAGACCAUUGUUCCUUACUGGCCAGCUUCGCAAUUUGUUACACUUUGCCAAUUGUUGCUUCACCUUCCAAAGUUCAACAAUGCAUUCCUCACACAAGCUUCGUUCGAGGUCUUUGAGUCAUUGUUCUCUGCCGACAACAUUUCAUUCGAUGAUGAGAAGUUUGCCCAGUUAUUACGAUCACUUUGUGAAAUUAAGCCUGCUGGUAUUGACGAUCGACUUUUACCAACCUGGUUGUUGGUCAUUACCAAAGCAUAUCCAGCUUUUGCCAGAAUGAAUGCCGACUACUGUGCUUCAGAGGUUGCUAACGUGUUCCCUGUCAUCUUCCAAGAUUUGGAAGUGGCUUCUAACAACCACGCUAUCCUCGCCGGCUGCUUAAGUGCACUCAUUCAAUAUUGCAUAACGGAUAAAAUGAUUGAAGAAGCCCAGCAAGCAGAGAAUACCCUAUUGCACCGAAUCAUUGCAACUGUCGAAAAUGGUCUUGGUAUCAGAUAUCAACACGCUUGGGUUCAUGUUUUGACCAUUGUGCAAGCUCUCUUCCGUCGACUUCACCGCAAUGCAGCUCCUUUGCUUAACCAGUGCCUUUCCCUUUUGGGCGAUCUUCGUUUGGCUGCACAAGAAACAUACAAGGAAGAGCUUGACAAAACUCUUGGUGCUGCCAUUGCAACCAUGGGACCUGAAGGUUUUUUGAAGAUUCUGCCUCUGAACCUCGAGUCUUCAGCUUCAGCUGGUGGCAUUGGUCGCGCCUUUUUGUUGCCACUUCUCAUCAAAUACACCACAAAUACCUCUUUGUCUUACUUUGUCAAUGAACUUAUGCCGCUUGGAGAUCGACUUACUCAAAAGGCGGAGACAUUUUCAUCCCAACAAUUGGAGUUGCAAGCUAAAGUAUACGAGACGCUUGUGAAUCAAAUUUGGAGCUUGGUUACCGGAUUCUGCGACUUGCCCUAUGACCUGCGAACUGCUUUUGACAGCACUGUUGCUGAGAGAUUUAGUUCUGUUCUCUAUUCACAACCCGAUCUUCGCCCAACAAUUUCACAAGCCCUUCAGUUCCUUGUUCAGAAGAACCAGUCCCUUGCCGCUUCAGCUGCUGAUGAUGCUGAUCUUCAAAAAGCAUAUGGUAUCACAAAGACUGAGGCAGAGUUGAACUUGAAGCACAUGAGUCAAUUCUCUGUCAAUUUCUUGGCUGUCUUCUUCAACGUCUACAGUCAAGUACCUCCCAUGUACCGUGGCUUUUUGGGUGAAGUGAUCAAAGCAUAUCUCCAAAUCACUCCAGUAGAGGAAAUCAACAACACCUUUAAGAAGGUCGUAAACCUGCUUGGUGAAGCACUUGCAAACCCAGAUCCAACUCCUGUCAUCAACGAUCCAUCCGUUCCCCCACCUAUGUCCCACACCAUGAUGGAUCUUGCUAUCAUUAUGAUUCCAUUCUUGGAUAUUCCAUCUGCAGAACUGCUUUUCAACGGUGUCACAUCUGCAUUACUCGGAAAGGAAGAUGAACCACUUCUCCAGAAGAAGGCAUACAAAGUCAUUAACCAUUUAUCCAGUUGUGAGAAUGGUGUCCAGGUGUUGCAGAAGAACAUUGAAAACUUGCAGAACCGUGUCCUUGAGGGCACAGUGACUUGCGCACCUUCCAGCAAAAAAGACAGAAUCAAGGCUCUUGGCAAUAUCGUCCGUAUCUUGCCGUCCAAUGAUCUCCAUUUGAUUCCCUCUAUCCUAUCCGAGGCUGUCAUGGCAACCAAGGAAGUCAACGAAAAGACUCGUGGAUUUGCUUUCAACCUUUUGGUAGAGAUGGGUAACAAGAUGAAGGAAGGAGGAACAGUGGUCAACAGCAAGAUUGAAGGCAUGGAUGAGAGCGUUCCUGAUGCCGAUGCCAACAUCACCGAAUACUUCACCAUGGUGACUGCUGGUCUUGCUGGAUCUACUGCCCAUAUGAUCAGCGCUACCGUUACUUCUCUCUCUCGCUUAUUUUUCGAGUUUAAGGAAUCACUUCCUCAACCUCUUUUGUUUGAAUUGAUGCAAACUAUGGAGGUUUUCGUCAACUCCAACAACCGUGAAAUUGUUAAAUCCGCCCUUGGUUUCGUCAAGGUUGCCAUCGUUACCUUGGACAGCACCAUUAUUGGACAGCACCUUCCUCAACUUAUCAAGUCACUUUUGAACUGUAACAAGCAGCACAAAAGUCAUUUCAAAUCCAAAGUACGACAUAUUUUCGAACGUUUGAUUCGCUCAUUCGGAUACGAACAGGUUGCAGAGAAUGUUCCUGAGGAUGAUAAGAAGUUAGUGUUGAACAUCAAGAAGCGCCGUGAUCGCUCCAAGCGUGCCAAGAAUGCAAACAGGGAAGAGGAGGACGAGGACAUUGAAACUGCUCCACGACAAGCCAAAGUUGCAAAGACUGGCGCAGACGCUUAUGAAGAAGCCGUAUAUGGUAGCGAGAGCGAGAUUGAGGAUUCUGAUGAGGACGAUGCUAUGCAAGGAACCAGAGAAUCUGGCCGCAAUGCCGAUAGGAAGACAAAGAAAGAGAAAUAUGUCACUGAAGCUUAUAUUCGAGAAGAUGGAGAUGGUCCUCUCGAUUUCCUCGAUCGCACUGCCAUCAGCCGCAUUUCUUCUUCCAAACCACAGCAAAGAUCUUUGGCACAAAAAGCAGCAUCCAGAGCUGGAGCCUUCCGUUCUGGCGAAGAUGGAAAGCUUGUCAUUAACGGCUCGGAUAAUGAAGCUAGCGGCGACGAAGCUGCAGCAGAAAAUAAUGAGGCUGAAAACUACUACAUGCAAGCUCAGAACAGUGCUGAUGGCUUCACGAGAGGUCAACGUAACAAGAUCAAGUGGAAGAAGGGAGGUAAUGAUGACAGUAUGUUCGACGACGAGAUGAUGGAUGUCGACGAUAAAGAAAAGCGCGUCAAGAAGAAAAUUGAACGAAAGAUGGAUGUCAUUGGCAAGGAGUAUCGAUCAAAGCGUGCUGGUGGUGAUGUUAAGAUAAAGGGUAAGGCAGACCCACACGCCUAUGUACCUUUGAGCAAAAUUACCAAGAAGAAGGGCAGACAUGGCCCUGGCGUUACUUUCACUGGCAAAUAUAGAAAGUAAAUCGAAAUACUGAAGUAGAAAAAAAGAAAAAGUUAUAUCUGCUAUAAUUACUGCAUUGUACAUCCCAUCACCAUUCCUGAUUGCUAUAGAAAUUCUCAUACAAAAACUUAUCUUUUUAAAAAAUCUGUAAGCGUGGGGAUUAUUUGCAUUGGCCAAAAGAUUUAUGGGCAGCGCGG